AGCGCCAUGGCAAUCCAAAUGAAGAAUCCAAUCCGCCGUAUAGAUGGCUAGCUUCACGAUGUUUCUGAUUAUCAGAGCUCGUGAAGAUGCCUGGAUAUGUAAAGUCCCCACAAACGGGGACCAGACGGUGUUACUAUCUCCGGUGUUCACUUACUCGAGACGGAGGCAAAUUUCAGCAGGCACUAGGCUUUCUAGGAGCGAUGGCUGAAAGCACGAAGACCUGAUGGCUCUCCACAAGAUGGAUAUAUCAACCCAUAGAUUAAUCCAAACAUGUCAUUUACCACCAUCUAGUUGAAACCUCCCAAAAUGACGACCUACCAGUUCCACGACGUCAUCAAAUCCGUCACCGAUAUCGACAGACGCAAAUGUCGCCGCGAAGUACCUAUGCAAGUCCUGGCACUUGGACUGUGCCGGACAGGAACAGACUCAUUGAGACAAGCUCUCCGAGCCCUAGGGUACAAUGACACCUAUCACGGAUACGCAGCAGUUCUGGAGAACCCUCGAGACUGUGAGAUGUGGCUUGCUGCUUUGAGCGCCAAAUAUGAAGGAAAGGGCCGGCCAUUUGGUCGAGAAGAAUUUGAUCAGAUCUUGGGGCACUGUCAGGCCGUAUCGGAUUUCCCAGCGGCCUGCUUCGCAGACGAAUUAAUCCAAACUUAUCCAGAAGCUAAAGUAAUACUGACAGUCCGAGACGUGGACGAUUGGCACAGUAAAUCAUUCACCCCCCUCCUCACACACCCUUUCCUCCCCCUCUCCACCAUCCUCGAGAACUUCCUCCUCUCCCGAACGCGCUGGGUCCUCCCAACCUGGCAAAAGAUCUGGAAAUACUACUUCAACGACAACUUCGACGCCAACGGCCGCAAAGCCUUCGAGGCGCAUAACAGCCACGUCAAGGACAUUGUGCCAGCUGAGAACCUCCUCGUCUAUCAUGUCAAGGAUGGGUGGGAGCCGCUGUGCGAGUUUCUGGGGAAGAAGCCUCCCUUGGAUGGGAAUGGUGGCGUGGUGCCUUUUCCGAGAGGGAAUGAUCCGGGGAUCUUUCGGAAUAGGUUCCGGGAUGCUAUUUGGUAUAACUUUUUGGAGUUGGGGGAGAGGGUGCUUAGGGUUAUUGUGGUUUUGUAUUUUGGGUAUUUGUGGGUGGGGUGGGUUUGGGGGUGGAUGGUAAGAUCAUGA